CCACCAGGCAGGCCACGGGCCGUAUGUUUGACAAACUGUCAGUUAGCUCGGCUUCAAAACAAGAUGAGCGGCUGGGCUCUCUCUCUCUCUUCGUCUCUGUCGCUUUCUCUCGCUCUCUCUCUCGCAGGUGGGCAAGUGGGGAUGACACAGAGAGGGCUCGAGGGAGGGGCUGCAUCACCAUGGCAACAUGCCAAGAAGAAAAGAGGAGAAAGGCGCUAACUUUUUCCGCCUGUGAGCAGUUGCGUGUCUUUUCCGUUGUUUGUUGCACUUUUGGAUCAGUGGCUGCCGUCUUGGGGGUUUUGCCAUGGGGCCGAGGUCAGCAGCGGAGCCAUAUGGAGUCGUCGUGUGUGUGCAGUGAUGCAGGUGAGUGUUGGCCGGUGACGAGGACAAGGGCGGCCAUGACGCCGGCGGGCGUCGACAACGGAAGCCUGCCGCUGUGCAGCAUUGACGAGUCGUACAAGUACAUCUUCCUGCCCACCUGCUACUCCUUCACCUUCGUCUUCAGCCUGUCGCUCAACGCUGUGGUGCUGCUGCGCUCGUUCCGCCGCACCAAGCGCUGGAACGCCUCGCUCAUCUACAUGGUCAACCUGGCCUCCACCGACUUCAUGUACGGCCUGUCACUGCCCUUCCUAGUGGCCAGCUACGUCAUGCGCGACCGCUGGGUCUUUGGGGACUUCAUGUGCCGCCUGGUGCGCUUCCUCUUCUACUUCAACCUCUACUGUUCCAUCUUCUUCCUCACCUGCAUCUCGGUGCACCGCUACAUGGGAAUCUGCCACCCCAUGCGGGUCAUCGCCUUGGAGACCAAGAAAGCCGUCAAGUGCACAUGCGUGCUGGUGUGGGCGGUGGUCUUCGCGCUCACCUGCCCCAUCUUCCGCUUCGCCCGCACGGCCCGCGCCGGCGGCGGCGUAGACAACUGCUGGGACGACGCCAUCGACCAAGAGUUCUCCGACUACGUGCCGUACGGCGUGGUCCUGCACCUACUGGGCUUCUUCGUGCCCUUCUCCGUCAUCGCCUGGUGCUACUCGCACGUGGUGGUCACCAUCUUCAAGACUCUGCCUUCUCGCCCACGCGACGGAAGGGAAGGCGGAGCCGGCGUCUCCGUCUUCCUUGGCGCAGACUCGCCGUACGCCGGCCGUAGGCGCAAGUCCAUCCGCACCAUCGUCACCAUCACGCUGCUCUUUGCUCUGUGCUUCUUCCCCUUCCACGUGACGCGUACAGUCUUCCUGCUGCUCAAGGUGACCAAGGGCGUCCCGUGCCAAACCAUGACCACCGUGUCCAUGUGCUACAAGAUAACUCGGCCCUUGGCGUCCUUCAACGCCUGGCUCAACGCGCUCCUCUACUUCCUCACCAAAGACAAGGGCGGAUGCUGCCCGCCGCCUGCACCCGCCGCGCCGCUGCUGCCCUUGAGGAUGGUAGCGAAAGGAGACGAACACGUACACCGGCACGGCAAAAGCGCCUUAUUGACCUAACGCAAAGACGGCUGCUUUUACGCUCACUAUGCAGAGACUUUUUCCUUUGAAACACAUUUGAUACUAAUCAUGUUCUAUUAAUCAAAUAACACGGAUUUGUUAGUGAUGACGCAUGUGAAUAUAGCAACGAUCAUAUUUUUUUUAAGCCUGAAAAUGACGCUCAUAAACUUUCCCAUGAAAAAGGGGGACAGAUUGUGACGUCAACACUUGACUCUUUUUCUAGUGACCUCUUGCGGCUGGUGGUCGAACAGGCGAGGAAAACUUGUUUGUUUUAUUCGUUCUUUUGACUUGUUGUUCGGAAAGUGGAGUGGCUGUCAUACAUGAUUGCCAUCCGGCAGGGGGAGACACCAAGGGAAAUAUCAGACGUCAACCGCGCGGCGUCAUCUGGCGUCAUGCACCCCACGACAAAGUCGAAAAAACGAAAGCCCAAAUGAAUAUUACACAAUGUUUAAAAAUCAUGCGAGCGUUUUUAUUCUAAACGGACGCCACAUUUUGUUAGUAGCGUCAAUUUGGCACAUCUUAUUACAAGUGGAGAGUUUGUAGGUGCUCGUCUAAUGCUUUGGCGUUUGUGUUUACAAAUGAGACGUGGCGCCAUUUUUGAACGGGUCACCGAUAGCCACUCCAAACUUCCAUAAAGUCCGCCUUCCAGUUCUUUUUUUCUUUCUUUUCUCAACCGGAGACAUCCACCGAGGUAAGACACGGCGUUCUGUCCUAUAAUUAGCUGAAUUUAUGUGCAUAGGUGCUUUUCAAGUCUUCAAACGUAGUCGUCUGUGUAAAUUUCAUUGGAGAAUGUUAAAAUGAUCAGGGGAUGUUUGAGAAUAUUUGCCAUUUUUCACAUGUCCUGAGUGUUGUCACCUUGAGCAGAGGCUGUGAUUUACCGAAGUCAAAUUCCUUGUUUGGCACGCUCAAACAUGGCGAAUAAAAACUCAUGAAUCUUCACACCGCUUAUACUCACAAAUGUAAAAAAUAUUUCAACAUUUGACUAAAACGCAACAUUCAAUAAUAAAUGCUGACUUGUGCUGCGGAUAAUUUGGGUGAUUGUGUUUAUAAAUGUUUGUUGUGUGUGUUUCGAAUGCACAGGCAGGACGACGUGUGUUGUUCCAGCCGUAAGAAUAGUUUGAUCUUUUAUUCCCAAAACACUGUGGAAGUUUCAACGCAAUCUGGCGUGUGUAAUAUGAUACAAUGCGUGUGUCAGAUGGCGCCACACUUUCUGUGAUGACUUCAGCGUGACAGCAGAGGAAGGUCAUUGGAGUUCAUGAUGAGGUUUGAGUCCAGGUUCAACGUAUCUGUGGACAGACAAACUUUGAUCAUAACCACUUUUGGAUUUGUGGUCGUGAAAGAUGUGUCAUGGAGGUUUCGAGCACCUUGAUCAAAAUUGAGCUUUUUGGAUGGGGACGCUUGUCCCAGUCCCUCAAUGUCCACCAGGUCGCUGUUGACAUCCGAGUCGUUGAGGGCGCUCAGGGUAACAUCUGAACACACGUGCACAGGAUUCGGUUUACUGGCAAUUUCCAAGACUUGUGCUCAUGCUCGAACACACCCGAGGCCUUCCGCUUCUUGGUGGUGGGGUGGUUGACUUGCAUGCCGGGCUGGGCAGCAGCGGCGGUGCCGCCGGUUCCGGGCGAUGUCACAGCAGAUUUUUUGGUGGUGGUGGUGGUCUUGGGCGGGAUACCUUCGGAGGAGCUGCAUCGAGCAUUGUCUUCAUGCUUGCGCUUGACCGGACUCUUAGUGUGUGCGCUGGUGACAAGAAGGCACGUGGAUUCAAGCUGCUCCCAGACAUUGGCUAAUAUUGCUUGACCGACCUAGUGGGGUUGGCCUCGGCCAUAGGGUGAAGCUGCAUGGUGAGUUCUCCCAGUCGACUGAAAGCAGCGCCGGCUGCUGAGAAGAUUUCUCCAACCUGCGUGAAGAACAAUCAAACAAGCAUGCUGGUUCAUUCCGGAGAACACGAGGAAGGAAAGAG